AUGCAUCUCAAUGAACAUUGCUAUUUCUUCAAUAACUUACCAUUUUUUUACAAGUGUGUUUCCCACGAUAGUUUCAUUAAAAAGUUAAACACAAAACAUAUUAUUUAUAUCAUAGAAAUUUGGAUUAAAGAAGCUAGAAGUUUAACAAAUAAAGAUCGUGCAGAAAAAUUAUUAAUUCUUAAUAAUAAUUCGAAUGAUGAAAAUGAUGAAAGGAUUUUAAUUUAUUUAAAAGAACAUAAUAUGAAAAUUAAGAGAUUAAAUUAUUUAGCUUACGUUAAAGGAAAUGGUGUAAAUUUAUCUUGUAUGAAGAAUGAAGCAAAAGAAUUUAGAUCUUAUGGUAUUCAGAUUUUAAAUUAUAAUGAUUCAUCUAUACAAUUUGUAGAUUUUGUAAAAGAAAUGUAUUAGUUUUUUUUUUUAAUUUUAAAU